GUUCUACACCAUGCAGAACUGGUAUCUUCCCGUCUCCUACAAGACCGAGAUGGGGGGAUCUAGCUAUGCUUCAUACCUUGGUGACAGGCUGAAGUGCUGCAAUGAGCGAGAGGGUGUGGCGGCCGGGCAGGUGGGUGGCUGCUGCAGUCUAAUGGAGCCGACCACAGAGAUCUUCUGCGACAAUUUGCAGCUUCUGGGUCUCACAGCCUACGACGGUACUCCCUGUCCAGCCAACAACUGGAACUGUCUGUACCUGGUCGAUGAGUUUGAUCCAGCGAAAGCCAAAGCUGUACAAACCUAUAUCCCACCGAACAUUAUCAACUUUAUCGUUCCGGCUGGAAUUGUUGGAGCCCUCAUAAUCCUCUCCAUCCUGUCCUCAGCCAUCAUCGCAUGCUGUGCCAAGCUGGGCUUCCGCGUCCCAGAGCGUUUCAAGCGCAACAGCAAUGGUGCCGAUGAGGAUGCAGAGGACCCAGUCGAGGACAUGGAGAGAGAUGGAUCAAGCAAGGGACGUUCGACGACUGUGUCCCAGAGCUCUCCGGACGUGUCUCCCAGGAGUUUACCUUCCAAAGGCCGCAAAUCGAAGGGUGGCAGGAAAGACCUGGGGAUCGAGGUGUUUGAGGAGAUCGGCGAGACUUCGCCUGCAGCUACGGUGACUAGUGGCAGCUUUAGAG